UUUCUGUGCCGCGCUGAGCUGAGCCGAGCUGAACCGACCCGAGCCGAGCUGAGCCAAGUCGAGCCAGACAUGGAGCCCCCCAGCAGCACCGCUCAGGCGGACGAGCUGCCCGCGGACGAGGCCCCGGAGGCGGACAGAUCCAUGUCGCGGUCCGACAGUGGGAGUGGGGACGACUCCUCGGACGGCCUCUCCGCCCGUGUCCCCCGCUGCCCUUUGACCCCGUCCUUUACGCCACGGAAGCGGACCACGAGCCUGUCGAAGACGGAGCCUCCGCUGCUGAGGACGGACAAACGGACCAUCUACACCGCAGGCCGCCCCCCGUGGUACAACGUCACCGGGACCACCUUCAAAGAGGCUUUCGUUAUCGGUCUGUGCGGAGGAAGUGCUUCUGGUAAAACCACAGUGGCCAAUAAGAUCAUCGAGGCGCUGGACGUUCCCUGGGUGGUGCUGCUCUCCAUGGACUCCUUCUACAAGGUGUUGAAUAAAGAAGAUGAGGAGCUGGCCGCCAAGAACGAGUAUAACUUUGACCACCCUGACGCGUUCGACUUCGAGCUGCUGGUCACCGUCCUCAGAAAGCUGAAGAAGGGCAAAAGCAUCAAAGUGCCGGUGUACGACUUCAACUCUCACUGCAGACGCAAAGAAUGGAAAACAGUGUACGGGGCCAAUGUGGUGAUCUUUGAGGGAAUCCUGGCCUUCGCCAACAAGGAGCUUCUGAAGCUUCUGGACAUGAAGGUGUUUGUUGACACGGACUCGGACAUCCGUCUGAUCCGGCGUCUGAAGAGGGACGUUUCACAGCGUGGGCGGAACAUCAUCGGCAUCAUCAAGCAGUACAACAAGUUUGUGAAGCCGGCGUUCGAGCAGUACAUCGAACCCACGGUGCAGGUCGCCGACAUCGUGGUGCCCAGAGGAGGGGAGAAUUUCGUAGCGUUGGAUUUAAUUGUUCAACACGUUCACAGUCAACUGGAGAAGCGUGAGAGCACUGUGAGAUCGGCUCUGGCCUCGGCUCAUCAGGGUCAGCCGCUACCCAACACCCUCAGUGUCAUGGAGAGCACGCCGCAGGUCCGAGGCAUGCACACCAUCAUCAGGAACAAGGAGACAAACCGAGACGAGUUUAUCUUUUACUCCAAGAGAUUAAUGAGGCUUCUGAUCGAACACGCCCUCUCCUUCCUACCUCUCAAGCCAGUUUCUGUGGAGACGCCUCAGGGCGGCGUCUAUGAAGGCAAGAGGCUGGGCGGCCAACGAAUCACCGGUGUAUCGAUCCUCCGAGCAGGAGAGACCAUGGAGCAGGCUCUGAUGGCCGUGUGCAAAGACAUCCGACUGGGAAAGAUCCUCAUCCAGACCAACCAUGACACUGGAGAACCAGAGCUUCACUACCUCCGUCUGCCCAAAGACAUCACUGAGGACUACGUCAUCCUGAUGGACAGCACCGUGUCCACCGGAGCUGCUGCUCUCAUGGCGGUCCGAGUUCUGCUGGACCAUGAUGUAGCGGAGGAUAAGAUCUUCCUGUUGUCGCUGCUCAUGGCGGAGAUGGGCGUGCACUCGGUGGCCUACGCGUUUCCUAAAGUCCGCAUCAUCACGACGGCGGUGGACAAAGAGGUCAACGACCAGUUCCACAUCAUCCCCGGCAUCGGAAACUUUGGAGAUCGUUACUUCGGCACGGACGCUCCCUCCGACUGGUGUGAGAGUGACGAGGGGAUGGACAUCUGAGCAGAGGACCAAUCAGAGACCGUGGAGCGUUGUUACAAAAGCACUUGUAUGUUUAGAAAAAAAAGAAAAAGACUCCUUCAUCCCCUUGCUGCUCCGAUCUGCUGGUCUUCGUCCUCCUGACACUCGAGGUGACGCCGGCAGCUCUCAGUCCAUUCCCCAUUCCUCUUUACUGUAACGUGUCGAGACGUCCCAGUUCACAGCGCUGACGCUCAUGUGGAUAUUUUCUGGCUUUGACAUCUCGACGGUCUGUGCUGCACAACCCACUCUGAACAAAAAGGCUUGAUUCUAAUGUUGAAACUUGAGAAGCUGCCGACUGUGAAGCUGCUGAGUUUGGACGUUGACACCUUUUAGAAUGAACGUGAGUGUUUGGUUCCUCUCAGGAUUUCACUCGUCUGAUUUCCUUCCUCAGUCGUCAGGAGGAGAUUCAGCUGCAGAAAGUUCAAACAAAGCAAAGCUCGGUUUGAACGACUGGAACAAAAGAAAGAGACGUUCCUCACAUCGAUCAAUCUGCUCCACGUUAAUUCAGUCAUAAUACAAUUUUGCACAAAGACACGACACCCUCCUUUUCUUCUAAGACUAGUCUUUAUCAUAAACAUAGAAAUAUUACUUAUUACAAUAUUCUUAGUGUUUUUUUGAGCUGCUGUACUGUUCUGUAAAACUUAAGUUUUCUCAGGCAACUUUUUCUGAAAGGGACGACAAAGAUCCGUGAACUUGAACAAAAGCAAUGACGAGAGGGAAACUGUCCGAUUCCCGUUAGCGUAAUAUUAAGUUAGCCAAAUAGCUUUUAGAAGAUCUGGUUUAUAACACGUUUAAAUGCAGCUAUGAGCAGGUGUAGGUGUGUGGUUAACUCCUCCAGAUGCAGGAACUAGUAAAACACAGGUGCCAUUAUAUAAAGUAUGACUGAUGGAGGAGUUAUGUACUGUAUUUCUGCUAGAGGGCAGCAAACUUCACUUUUCCCUGUUGACAUCAGAUGUGAGGCACACAGCAGAUCUCGAGGUGCCUUCGUGUUUUGUAGGAAACAACGUGAGAGCUAAUGAAUUAGACGUUGGAAUAAUUAUUUUAUUUUAAUUUUCUCGUCUUUUUAAGGAGGAGAUAUAUAAGUCAGACUGAUUCAUUCGCUUGCUGCUGCUUGUGGCCUUUUUCUUAUUUUAUUGUUUUGAAUUAUUUAUUUUGUUGUACAUCUUGACAUUUGUUUAAAAUUAAAUCACUGCCAUGUUUUCCAAAUUGCAGAGCCAAGAUUUUUUACAGGUUUAGUUGUUGAUGUGUUUUUAAAGACACCGACUGUUGUGCUGAUACAUUCACUGUCCAGGUCAUAGAAUGUAAAGAGCUUCUUCAAACUGUCCGGACAUGAGGGCAAAAUAUAAACUGAAUCCGAGCGCUGCCAUCUUGUGCCGAUUAUCUCUCGACAAACCCAGAUGAACACAUAACUUCCUGCACAGAGGUUCCUGUGGUUUGUUCCUCCAGAGCUCUGAGGAACGUCUCUGAGCUGAGGGAGAAGGAAACUCCAUAACUUGAAAGCAGAAUCAGCUGCUGUCACUUUUAUUUGUACUGUGAGUCAGGAAGUUGAACUCUUUUAAUCUGUGGAAGUUGAUUAUCUCACAACAAAUGGAGGUUUCUACUCAAGCAUGUCGCUAAUUUAUAAAUUUUUUGAGAAGCAAACGGCAGCGUGAGGACUGAUGAACAUCGCAAGAAGAUCGAAGGAUAAAUAAGUUUCAUACAAUUUCUUUUAAUAAACGUUAAAGUCAAAUGACGGGAAAGAGAAGUCCCUGUUUUAGCGUCAAAUCUUCAGAUUUCCUGCUCUUCUAUUGAAUAUUUUGAGAUUUUAAAUGUUCGUCUGAAAAAACGUAUUAUUUGAUUGACCAAUUGAAGGACGAAAACGAACAUGUUUGAUAAGUCGUCUCCUCUCUGUGAAAACCUGUCAUUGUUUGUUUGCGUUGAUUCAGUUUUUGUAAAUGUCUUCUCACCUGUACAGAAUUAAACAUUGCAUCAACACAA